ACAUUGGGUGAGUAGCGGAGCGAUGCCCAAAGUCAUCAUUUAUAUAUGGCUUGGUGAAGGUGGUGUAGGAGGGGAGGAGGUUUGGCGAGGCCAUGCGGGUCCAUGGCGGAAAGGAGGAGAGGUGUCGGCUGCCAAUGGUAACGAAGGGGCCCGUCGUUUGGCGACGAUGAUGGCUAUUGAUAGGCGAACGAUCGUGUGGUUGGCUAUUUGGUCGAGACUGGUUUGCAGUGGAAGAAUGAUCGCUUCGCUUGGUUGCCUACUCGAGUCCGAUUGAAUGAUUGAUCGGUUGGCUGGUUGCGCGGUUGAUGGAUUGGAUUGGAUUGGAUUGGAUUGGAUGAUCGACCCUCGUCGUCCGGCCAGGAAUGCAAAAUUUUAACGAAUCGGAUAGCGGCGGUGUCUGUUGUGUGAGGAAUUGACGCACGACUGGCGUCCGUAAUUAGCCGCCAUGGGCAAAAAGGAGCACCACCUGGCAGCUGACGAGCCUGUAAUAGCAGGAAAUCCGAUGAGUCGCCACUCCAUAAAUGCUGCCCACGCGAUGACGGUUCUUUCGUUGUCCAACAGGGGUGAGGAACGUCUCGGGCGGUGCGAGCCGACUCGCUCCGUGGAUGCGGGGAACAGACAUGGUGCUAACCGUUCUGGCGCUCUUGCAGCGAGCGUCCUUAAAGAGGCGCAUAUUGCUUGUAGGGCAAUCCCGGCCAUGGCGGAAGAGAUAUUACCCAAUCGUCGUGAAACGGAGGGUGGCAGGAAUGGCAGGAAAGGAGCGGAAGAGGGGGGGGGGUAUGCGCGCACCACUGGCGCUGAAGGGGUAUAUAGAGAAGGGGGAGGAUGGGUGACCAAAGGAGGAGCCUCCGUCGACUUGGAGUUGGUGGUUUUAGGAGAGCUUCUCCCAUUUUAUGCUGGAGGCAACGGAAAUUCUGACACGGGAGACGGGGGCCCUCAUCCAUAUGCCAUGGACACGUGGCGUGACGGGUGGGUGAAGCGACGCGCCGUUGAUUGCGUAGCGGGAUACUCGAUGGUUGAUAAGUUGGAAGCCGCCGGGUUCGCAACGUCAUCUUUAGCGAUGGCUUCUUCUUCCUCUUCUUCUGCAUCGCUUUCUGCGAGAAAUCCUCUGAAAGGAGAGAAGGGGGAGAGGGGGGGGGAAGAGAGAGGAGAGGAGCGAAAGAACAAGGCAGGCGGGCGAUGGCGCGCGCUUUUGGGCUGCGCGUUCCGAAGGAGACGGGCGGACACGGGGGCGGUGGCACCAGCGCCAGAAGAGCUGCCUCCGACCGCCCCUGCACCGGCGGCGGUCAGCAAUUGCGAGAAAGAAAUGGCUCCAUGGCGAGAGCGGGUCUGGGGCAGGGGCGACAGCUCCUCCUCCACCUCCUCUUCAUCGUCCACCUGUUCUUCCUGUCCGUCGUCGUCCUCCUCCUCCUCCUCCGCCGCCUCUUGCUCCUGCUGCGUUCCCUCCUCUUGCUCUGGCUAUGGCUACGGCUUGAACGAGUCCUGGAAGGAGCACCCACCCCAUCGUCGGCGGGGAAAGGGGUUGGUUAUGGCCGCGAGCUUCGUGAUUGAUGGAAAGCCCGGAACCAACAAUGCUGAUGUGGCCUAUGGCGUCCACAGCACCGCGCACCCGACGGUGCACAUUGCAGACGGCAACGACUCGGGAGUGGCGCCAGUUCAUACCGCUGCUGGUCUUACAGAGGAGGGAGGAGGAGGAGGAGGAGGAGGAGGAGGAGGUAAAACGGCAACGAAGAAAGUGCUCAAGUAUAAGAAGAAAAGAAGAGCUACAGUUGUUCCCCCGCCGCCCUUAUCCUCCACUUCGUCAUCGACCAGCCAUAAGGUUGAUGGUGGCAGUGACACCUGGGGCGGAGGUAUGGAUGAUGGGGCUGCCGAUCGCCUUGGCACAGGAACCGACCAUCAUUAUCGUAACCACCAUCGUUAUGAUGGUGAAGAGAGCGAUGGUGGUGAUUAUGUGCGAGCUGAGGAUGGCGGUGAUCAAUUUGGAGCGAAGGACGCUGGUGGAGGAUACUCCUCGCAACAACACGUUCGAUUCUCCUCGACUCAAAGGGAAGCAUUUCCGCCGCCAUCCCCGCCGUCGACUAGGAUCCCCGACUCCCCCCCCGGCGGCGGCGGGAACGAUCGUCAUCCUCAUCCUCAUUAUCGUCCGAAUUUGAAAAGCAUGCGUCUUGGUAAGCGGAUUUGGGGCACGACGACGAGUAGUGACCCUUCAAGCCUCGGGAAGAACGGAUUGGUUAGCAUGGUGUCUUUCCUUGCGAAAGUGGCAAUGCUGGCUAUGGUGAAACGUGGGACUUACCCGAGUUUAUGGGCCGUUUUUCAAGGGGUGUGUUUCUCGAACCUGCCGAUGUUAAGUUGGAUUCAUCGAUUCGGGCCAGUGCAUCGAGCAUUGGAGCCAUUUCACGUGUUCACAAGGCCAAUGCUUGUGCUGUCUAUUGCUACAACGCUGAGGAACCUGGAGGAGGAAGAGAAUACGGCUGCAAGUAAUGUUCAGGUUGAAACUUCCGCUUCUGGAGCUGAGUCACCGGUGUCGCCAAUACAAACGCUGCAGGUGGUCGACGGCGAAGAGUUGUUCGAAUUGCAGCAGAAAGUGGACGAGGUGAGGGACCAGCUGCAGCUUCAUGAUGUCCAACUGCCACAGAGGUUCAAUGAUCGGGAAAUUGCACGGUUCCUUGUUGCAGCCCAUGGUUCAGUGGAGAACUGCGUUUUGCGGUUGAAACAGGUUUCUCAGUGGCAUACCAGCUAUCUCUUCCUCUCAGAGGCUGGUCUUCUUGCCUGGAAUUCCUUCGUGUCAUGGCAUGGGCAGGACAUGUUUGGAAGGCCUUGCCUUGUUCUGCGAAUUGGACGUGCAUGCCAAGUUUUGAGACCCAGUCAGAGGCAGCAGUUUGUGCAAGCCUUGGUUUCACAGACUGAGUAUGGAGUGACCCAGCUUCUCCAGGACUUCGAAGUGGAGCAGUUUAGUGUCGUCAUGGACUGCGGAGGAGUGGGGCUGUUUAAUGCACCUGUGAGCCUCAUCAAGAAUGCAGCGCUCAUGCUUCAGCAGAACUACCCGACACGCCUCGCUCAAUUCUAUCUUAUCAACCUACAAAUGGUGUUGCGGAGUCUUGUUGCAUCUGUAAAGCUGGUCUUAGGCGAGAGGACAUCGCGGAAGAUCAGAAUUGCAGGCGCAGAAGCAUCGGCAGUACUCGAAGAAUGUUUUGGGGGUAUCGAACAUGUUCCAAGUGACCUGGGCGGUAAGUGCGAAUGCCAGCGAUGCUUGCACGUGAAGGUGGAGGAAAUUCCAGGACAGCUGUCGCUACCAGAGGACGAAAAAGGUCACGUUUCCGAAAAUGAUUGUGAAGGCCGUGGUGUAGGGAGUGAAGCAGAGCCUGAGUUAGAGAGUGUGGUUGCCAGAGAAACGCCAUUCAGUGGCGGAAAGAUGGUUCGUAGCGUGAUUGAACGCAUGAGGAUGGGACUGAGCUUUAGCGAGAGGGGGCUGAGUACUGCCGUGCCACAGAGCUCUGAUGCCAUCAUAUCAACCCCCGAUCGUCGUGAACAAAGUGUGAUGUCAAUGGAAGGGAUUGCAAGUUCCACAGCAGUUUGCACCAGGGAUGAGAACUUUGUAGACAGUAGUGGAAUGAAUGUAGCCAGUGAGCCAAUGGCGACAUUUGAUCUGGCUACGUGGAUGCAGCGGGCCCCUCCGCAGCUGGUACUCCGUUUGCUGGUGACCGCUCUGGUUUUACUUCUGACGCUAUCGUCACUGGGCACAGGUGAGCCUUGGUGGAAUCUGGUUGCUGAACAAAGCCUAAGCUACAUCUGAUAAUACGGUUCCUUUGUUCUCGUCGACGAUGAUGGGUUGUGUUUUUCAUAGAGAAAAAAAGAUUGGUCUCAGCAGUAGGAAUGAAAACAUUAUGCGAUCUGCCUGAGAGUGAUGAAGGAGGAGCAAGUAAUCGCUGGCAAGGGACCAAUGUGGGAGAGAGGAUGCUGGGAGUGGCCUCGCGGGGCCGUUGCUCCAGCAAAACAAGACGUGUAGUAUAUAUGAUUUGCCGUGUGUGUGUGUGUGGGGGGGGGGGGGGGGGGGGGGGGGGGGGGGGGGGGGGGGGGGGGGAGAGAGAGAGAGAGAGAGAGAGAGAGAGAGAGAGAGAGAGAGAGGAUGAUGAUGAUGAUGAUGAUGAUAAGAGUGGGGGUAGGUGGUGCAUGGUGGUCUCACACUUCUUGUGAGCGGGCCUGCUCGGCGACUCAGUACAUGGAUGCAUGGGAAGAUGGAUGCACUGCCUGUCAUUCUAGUGGAAUGAUUGGAAAUUUGGAACCUUAGGGUCCAUUCAUGGUCAGAUUCAAACAAGACUGUUAUGCGCGAGAGUUUGUUGUUGAUGUCUAUGUAGUUGAGUGCGCGUCAAACAUCCAACAUUGGACGGACGUGUAAUUGACAUCCAGUACAGCAGCAGCAGCAGCAGCAUGGUGUGUGCCAUGUAAGUAGGUCUUCAAGGUGGUCACUCGCAGAUGUCACACGUCAACCUCAAGGGCCAAUAUUUGAACCCCUUGGUGGACGCGCAGGAAGCAUCUCAGCUGGGGAAAUCACAGUCUGUGCAACGUUUUUCUAUACAUAACGAACAUCAUGUUAGCUCUUAGCUGUGAACAUUGCGAAUCGCCAGUUCGCAGAGUCGAUGUAAAAAUCACUUGUCUGCCUGCCUCAAGGCUCAGGCUACAGCGUGUAGUUCGGCGUGAGAACCUCCAGGAAGCACUCUUUGGGAAUGCGGUGUACAGAACCGAGUUGCUGUGAGCUUUGUGUGUGAGUCACACAUUCCUCUGCAGGCAAAAAACAGUUGGAAUCAAAUUCAAUCAAAGUCGAUCAAUAGUAGUAGUGUACAUUUGGACGCGGACAUGGAGCUGAGCUUUGUCAGAACAGUAACAGGCACAGCUUGCGGUAGUAGUAUGGGGACAGACUUUGCAACAAAUUCGCCGGACUGGGGGAACGCCGCUGAAGCAAAUUAAGGAAAGUGUGCACAUUGCACAUUGCGCAUUGCACAUUGCAUCCAUAUGGUCCCGCUGAGUGGAGAUGAGCACACGGCGACCGCAGAGAAGCUCCCCUGUUUCUGAUGUCGAUGCCAUUGUCGUCUGGCUGUAUGCCAUUGGCUGGCUACCAUAGGUUGUUGUGAUGCCCCACUCACAUUUCUUUCGGGAGGGGCUGCCUUCGCAGGCAGGCAGGCUAAUAACUCUUGAUGGUCCCUUCACUGAUGGCACCAUAUGUAGGGGGGGAGAGGGGGGGGGGGGGGAGGACAAUUGCCAGGAUCCGUUUGACGAGGAGGAUAUGGAGAGAGUCAUUAGUAAAAGAAACAAAAGUGGAACAGACAUGUCUCUGAUGUGUGGGGGUUUGGGCAAGGAUUAGAGUCAUGCGGGUGUCACAGCUGCUACAGCAUUUCCUGCUCUUGCUCUCUCCCCUUAGUUAUAGUUAUUAGGGCCUAUAAAUUUUGCAGGAUAUAGCACAGCUGCUACAGCAUUGCUUGCUAUGCUGUCAUCAUUGCGUAAAAGUUAAAACCUUAUACAUGAUAUAUAGAAUCAUGAUUAGAUCAUAGAUCGCGAGUCGUAGUUUUCGUGACUGUUAAUGCUAUCUUGUACUAGCUACCGUCGUCACCCAAAUAGAACGCCCGGUAAUUAUAGCUGUAUUUGGCACAGCCGUCGGUCCAGAUGCAGCGAUAAUUACCGGGCGCUCUAUUCGGGUGAAGACGGUAGUGGUGUUACCAUUUUCUGUUUCUUUUUACAGAUUUCGUUGACGAUAUUAUGGGAGUUGAUAAGUUUG